CCGCCCACCCUCCAAGUAAAACCAGGAGACCCGAAUACGAAACAUCGAAUCAGAUGUCCAAACAUUGAAAAAUAAUGUCUUUACGUUCUGUAAUUUCUCCCCGGUAUUGUAUUAUUUAUUUGCUCAGUUGACGCCCCUCAUCUUAUAACUGGCUUCUACACGUUCACAUUUGUACAGCUGUGUUUUUGCUCCCGUUAAUCCAGUGUGUUGCUCUGAGUUGAGUCUGGGGUAUAGAACUACUCCUCUACAAUCGGGGAUUCAAACCGGCAAUCUCCCAGUGACACGUUUUAUGCUUCUCAACAGGGCUCCACCCUCUUGGUUUGAUAAGUAGCUGGUCAGAAGAUGCUCUACUCCUCUGCUUUUGUCUAUCCCUCUGAGGGUUUGCCUGUUUACUGUGUCAUUGUAUAGCAUCCCUAGAUGUGUUCUCUUUUCAUUAUCAGUAGGCCUGGGACAAUACCAGUAUCGCAAUAUUUUUCCAUAGCAAAAAUGAAAACUCAAAGCAGAAUUCUUUGGUCCUUUUUAAAAAUACAUUUUUUUAAAGGAUACAGGUUGUCUGCUGUAGCUUGGAGAGAAAAAUAAAUGUGACAUAUGUUUGUUUCCAACAUUUGGGUUCUUUUCCUAAAGUGAAACACGCUUCAUGUUUUUUUUCCUUGCCAUGAUACUACACUGGUAUCGGCCCAAAUGAUCUUGAUAUAAACGGAUUGAUAUAACCAGCGGAUGUGGAGAGAUUCUCAGUUAGCAGUGUGGUGUUUGCAGCCUGGAAGGCUGUGGGCUUAUCGACUUGCCUCCGUGUACAUGUUUGCUGUUUCCACGAUGUGCUAGUAGAAUUGAGACCUGGUGCUAACAUGCUGUGCUCGUCAGUAACAAGUAUACCGUUCCGCAAAUACAACCUGGAUGUAGAAACUGCUUACUCCUCUAAAAACAAUGACAGUUUGAGAUUUAAAGGGGCUGGGUUGUUCUGUGAAAGACUGCUUGAACCCCUUUCAAACAUGUGUGCUAAACACAUUUUGUGGAAAUGGGCUCCUUUAUUUGAUUGCGCUAGCAGAUGUCACUUUAGCUCCCCACAUUCUGGCCGUCUUCCUGUGAGUGCGCUGUAAUGGUCCCUGGGCGGCUCACCGCUUCCUGAACUCGGCGGGCGGAAGCUUUCUGCAUCCACUUCACUUUAAAGAUGCCAUAUCAGUCACUUAACUCGACUAGUAAGGGAAACUUGAAUGGUUGUUGUCUGCUGAAUGUCUUUAUCAACCCAGGCCCCUGUCCAAUAGUUUCAUCAUACGCUGACGGCAGUCACCUGGCACACGUGCAGAUGGUCACAUUUGAGUUUUUGCAUUGUGGUUAUUUUUUCCAUGCUUUUGUGUGUUUCAGACAGAUUAAACACAGCAAGUUACGUGAGCUUAAUGAUGUAUUGAAUUGCAUAAUUUGGAUGAAUGGUAUGAUAAAUUAUUGAUUGACGUCUCUGUGAUAAUUUGAUCUCUGUAACAAGAUGCCUUUCAAUGCUUUGACUUAUUCCUCUUCACCAUGAAAUGAAAGCUGGCUCAUCAUAAGAGGAGCUGCCAUAAGAACACAAUGUGUCUGCCAACUCCUCACCUAAUAUCCUGAUCUUGCAGGUGGGCUAUUGGGCUUGUGUGCGUGCAUUCAAAAACAAACACCAGACCCGAGAACAGAGCAAUUGCUUGCACCUGCUGUUCCUUGAGGUCUCAUCAGGAUGGGCUUACCUUAGCCUGGCCAGGCCAACCAGUCUAUAGAGGUUGUUUUAGGACAGCCUCAGAAGCGGUGCCCCUUUCCCUGUAAUAGAACUAGAUGCUGCUCUUUCCAGCUGCUGUAAUUGGAUUAAGUGUGAGCUGUAUGUCAGGAGGACGUCAUGUCAGUCUUUUACCUCUUUGCCUGCGUUAUGUUCUCCCCUGUCCGUCAUUAUUUCUGGCUUUAGCGAGGCGUUUUUAUCAGCAUGUAACGAGGGCCAGAUCUCAGUUUGCCUGCACGUACCAGGACGACUCGGAGCCACCCCUCAACCGCGUGCUGGGCUUCCCCAGCAUCAUCCAGGGCCCCACCUGUGUGCAACAGGCUCCCAAGUGGACCCUCACUACUGUGGACUCCACCUCUGCCCAGCUCCUUGACAGCAGAGUGGAGGUUUACCCAGAGGCUGAGAGGAAAGAGGCCCAGCGAGGAGGCACGACCCGGGGGGUUGCCACAGCGCUGGGGCCCAGGAGUGGAGCAGGCGGGGGCGGUCUGAAGACCAACAUCCAGACAGAAGGAAGCAGCAAGGCCUGUAAACGGAAGCUGGUGGAUUGUAGGGAACAUUGUGGGUCAGAGAACCAGCUCCCUCUGAAGAACCCCCCCCCCCACCACUGUAACAUCAACCAAAUUGUCAGGGAAGACAGCCCCGAGUAAGAAGAAACUGAUAAACUGAUUGCCGGACAGGGCAAGCUCACCAGCUUCUUCAGAUUGUAAACUAUUCAUUGUCGUGUUGAAGUAGAAUGCAGUACUAGUAAUGUUUUAUUUAAUCAAUGGUCUGUCUUCUUUGAAGCUGAAUGUUCCUGUAAUCAAUUGCACUUGUUUUUCCCCCAGUGGAGUUUGGCCUGAUUUCAGAGGCUUUAUUGUACUUUCUAUUUAUUUUUUGCCUCUGUUGUGCUUUCCAACAAUUGACAGACAUCAUCAUUUUGAAAGAAAGAUCACCAGCUGUCGUGCGUCUGUGGGAGAGUGUAAUGCAAUGAUGCAGAAGAGCUGUUGAGGCAAUGUGGAAAGUCUGAGAGUGGUUAAAACCCAAGCAGAUCUGUUUGAUAGCUAAACUGCAGGCCAAGCCUCCGCAGAUCAUCUCCCUCUAAGACAAAAGGCCCACCGCUAGACACUUCUCCUCUCUCACAUGCAUCUUCACUACUACUAUCAUAAACAGUAUAGAAUUUCUUAUUUUCUUCACAAUGGUGACUUUCCAAAAGUAGCUAUAUUAUGUGACCCAGAAUUGACACGUACAAUUGUUUUCAGGUUUCUCA